UAAAGUGUAUUCGGUACGUAUAUCUUAUUCGUUGUGAGAUAAACUCUAAAGCAUUAAAUUUGUUUUAGAAUUUCCAUCCUUAAAUCAAUUGAGAUAAAGUCAUAAUUUGAACUACCGAAAUAUUUAAAUAUCAGGGCGUUUAAUAAGUACUUCUCGUGCAACUAUAAGAUCUAUCCACAUAUCGACAAAAUUAAAUCAAGCAAUGGGCAUCGAUGGAAAUAAUAUUUUAGCCGAAAGCUUAAAAAAACAGGGCAUAGAAUAUGUUUUCGGCAUAGUAGGUAUUCCGGUUAUUGAAACUUCUAUGGCUUUCCAAUCUGUGGGCAUCAAAUAUGUGGGAAUGAGAAAUGAACAAGCAGCGGCUUAUGCAGCUCAAGCUAUUGGUUACCUUACAGGGAAACCAGGAGUAUGUCUUGCAGUAUCUGGUCCAGGGCUUCUCCACUGUAUAGGAGGUAUGGCCAACGCACAAGUAAACUGUUGGCCUCUGCUGGUUAUAGCUGGCUCUUGCCCAGAAGAUCAUGAAGGUAUUGGAGGAUUCCAAGAAUGGCUUCAGGUAGAGUCAAGUCGCCUCUACUGCAAAUAUGCGGUGCGACCUCCAUCGCCGAAACUCAUUCCAUUACACGUAGAGAGAGCCGUACGCAGUGCGUGCGCGGGCCGGCCCGGUGUGGCUUACCUUGAUAUGCCAGCUACUUUGCUUAUGGGGGAAGUAGAAGAAGACAAAGUGCCGCUAGACUACUACACGGCGGGGCCCCUCACCCUGGCCCAUCCGGCCCCCGAGCUGGUCGCCCGCGCGGCCGAGCUCCUGAGCAAGGCCCAGCGGCCGCUGGUAGUGGUUGGGAAGGGCGCGGCGUACGCGCGCGCUGAGCACGCGGUGCGCGCGCUCGUGGAUAGCACCGGGAUACCGUUCCUGCCUACGCCGAUGGGUAAGGGCGUGGUACCCGACGAGUCGCAGUACUGCGUGUCGACGGCGCGCACGCAGGCGCUGCUCCAGGCAGAUGUAAUUCUCUUACUGGGCGCGAGACUUAACUGGAUGUUGCAUUUCGGUCAGCAGCCGAGGUUCGCGCCUGAUGUUAAAGUUAUACAGGUAGACAUUUCACCCGAAGAAUUCCACAAUAGUAUCAAAUCAGAAGUGGCCGUACAUUCCGACAUCAAGCCAUUCGCUGAGGCUCUCGCACAGAAACUGGCGAGCAAGAAGUUCUCAUUGCAACCCAAUAACAGCCCCUGGUGGCAGGCGUUGAAGGAAAAACAAAAGAAAAAUACGGAAUUCGUUGAGGCGCAAGCGAACAAUAAAUCACAGCCCUUAAAUUACUAUGCAGUGUUUAAAGCAGUUCAAGCGAAUAUCCCCAAGGAUUCGAUAAUAGUGAGCGAAGGAGCAAACACUAUGGACAUUGGCAGAGGAAUGUUACUUAACAAUCAAGCUAGGCAUAGGCUGGAUGCUGGUACUUUUGGGACUAUGGGGGUUGGCCCAGCAUUCGCAGUAGCAGCGGCGAUGUGGUGCCGAGACUACGCGCCAAACAAGCGAGUCGUUUGCGUUGAAGGAGAUUCCGCGUUUGGCUUCUCAGGAAUGGAGAUUGAAACCAUGUUCCGCUACAAGUUACCAGUGAUUAUUAUAAUUGUGAACAAUAAUGGUAUAUACAGUGGAUUUGACAAAGAAACCAUGACGGAUAUUCAGUCUUCUGGCGAAAUCGCUCAGUGUACUCCUCCAACUGCACUAACCAGCGAGGUUCGUUAUGAGAAAAUGAUGGAAAUGUUCGGCAGUUCCGGCCACUUAUGCCGAACAGUAGAAGAAAUCGAAUCAGCCAUUAAAGCCGCUAUUCAAGUCACAGACAGACCCAGUAUUAUCAACAUAUUGAUCAAUCCACAAGCCAACAGAAAACCGCAAACAUUCAAUUGGCUUACUGAGUCUAAACUGUGAUGUUGUGAAACUCUAUGACAUUUUUAUACUUUUAUGUUGUUUUACGGUAAAUCAAGGGAGCUUAUAUUUCUAUUGUUAUUGAAUUGUUUUUAUAUAACUGUUAAUGCUCAAAUAAAAAACAGGUUAAGGUUUAAGGAUAAUUUUUAUAUUGUCUGUCUAUUGAGUCAUUUAUAAUGUCACAUCACAUGUUUGUAUAUGUUGAACUUAAAAUUAUAUAAUAAUAAAUAUAUUAUUUGUUAUAAACUAAA